AUACAAACACAAUUGUUCACUUCCUUUCGUUCUGUCUUUAUAGGUUCCGCGUGCCCAUCUGUGACGUCAUCUCCAGAUACAACAAUGGCGCCUUCUGUCACGACGGAAGCGCCGUCUAAAACGAUUGAUGUUCGGUUACCGACUUCACUAAAACCCGAGUUGUAUACUGUUGAACUCCAACCUAAUAUGUACGAGGGCGACCCGACGGCCUUCACCUUUGAUGGAUCGGUCAACAUACGCAUGGAGUGCACACAGCCCACGAGGAAUAUUACAGUUCACAUCAACCUUCUCAAUAUCACGGACGGAAGUAUUAUGGUUUCAGCGGAAGACACCACUGAGCCUGCGCUAUCGAUGACGAGGUUUGAGCUGGACACGGAACGUCAGUUUUUGAUUGUCCAUGUCAAUAGGGACCUAACCCCAACAAAGUUUUAUAACCUCGCCCUGAGAUUCGUCGGCCCACUCAAGGAUGACCUUCACGGAUUGUACCUCAGUUCCUACAAAAGGGGAAAUAACUCUGUGUAUAUAGCUACGACUCAGUUCCAGCCGACAGACGCCAGGAAAUCUUUUCCUUGUUUUGACGAGCCUGGGAUUAAAGCCAGAUUCGACAUCGUAUUGGUCAGAAAAAGUCACAUGGUAUCGCUUUCAAAUAUGCCAAUUAAGACAACGGAGACUAGAGAUAAUGGUUGGAUAGCCGACGUGUUCGAAACAACACCUGCCAUGUCGACAUACCUCCUGGCGUUCAUUGUAUCCGACUUUCAGAAAACGAGUAAUACAACAAAAAAUAACGUUCUGUAUGGAACCUACGCCCGACCGGAAGCUAUCAACCAGACAUACUAUGCUCUAAAAACGGGCACUGAAAUUUUGACAUACUUUGAAGACUAUUUCAAUAUAUCAUUCCCACUUCCUAAACAAGACAUGAUCGCUCUUCCUGACUUCGCUGCCGGCGCCAUGGAGAAUUGGGGGUUGAUUACGUACCGGGAGACGGCCAUGUUGUAUGAUCCCCUGGAAUCCUCCGAGGUCAACAAACAGAGGGUUGCUGUAGUUGUCUCCCAUGAGUUGGCUCAUCAGUGGUUCGGGAACCUGGUCACACCAUCCUGGUGGGAUGAUCUCUGGUUGAAUGAGGGCUUCGCCAGCUUCGUGGAGUACAUGGGAGUAGAUUUUGUCCAUCCGGACUGGAAAAUGUUUGAUCAAUUUGUCGUUGAGGAUAUACAGAGUGUUUUCAACUUCGACGGUCUAGUGACGUCACAUCCGGUUUAUGUUCCUGUAUCGCAUCCUGACGAAAUUAAUGAAAUAUUUGACCGUAUAUCCUAUGGAAAGGGAGCGUCUAUAAUACGAAUGAUGCGGUUCUUCCUUGGAGAGGACACUUUUAAACGAGGCCUUACGACUUACCUCAGCAGUCUGGCCUAUGGGGCCGCCUUCCACGACGAUUUGUGGUUUGCUCUUGGAAAUCAAUCUAUUAAGGAAAACAAGCCCAGAAGUGACGUCAAGGAAAUUAUGGAUACUUGGACACUUCAAAUGAAUUUCCCUCUUGUGACUGUCACCAAAAAUGGCGCCACAGGUCUCAAGGCAACACAGAAACGAUAUCUCAGAGACUAUAACGCCGUAGAUCCGGGUACCUACCCCUCACCGUACAACUACCGUUGGGAGAUCCCCUUCACCUACACGACGUCAUCGAGUCCCAUGUUUUACCAGACGGACGCCGAUGUUAAGUGGAUGCGGAAAGAUUCAGACACAAUUUAUAUCGCUAACGCUAUUAGCAGUAGCGACACGUGGGUUAUCGCUAACGUCAAACAAUAUGGCUAUUAUCGAGUUAACUAUGACUCGGAUAACUGGGCGGCACUUGUAGACCAACUCAAAACUGACCCACUGGUCAUAGAUCCGGUAAACAGAGCGCAGAUUAUAAACGAUGCAUGGAACCUUGCGAAAUCCGGUGACCUGCCGAUAGAGACCGCCCUUAGCACUGUAGAAUAUCUGGACAAAGAACCAGAAUAUAUCGUAUGGGACUCCGCCAUUGGGGAACUCGGCUACGUAAAGUCUAUGUUGGAGAGGACCGAGUUGUAUGGGCCUUUUAGUAAAUUUAUGAAACAUAAAGUGCGUGAACCUUUUACGAAAAUAACACUGAAUAAUACAGGCGCAACACACUUGGAGUCAUACUUACGAGCCACUUUAGCGUCCCAGGCGUGUGGGUAUGGUAUCGACCAGUGUGUGUUGGAGUCUAAACAGUUAUUUGCAUCAUGGUUACAAAAUCCGAAUGCGCCGAACCCUAUUGACGCGUCACUGAGAGGCACAGUGUACUGUACGGCCAUAGCCCACGGCGGAGUAGAGGAAUGGGACUUCGCCUAUCGCAUGUUUAAGGCGUCUAAUGUGGCAGGAGAACAGGGCCGACUUAUGGCUGCUUUGGCCUGCAGCAAAGAGACGUGGAUUCUUAGCAGAUAUCUAGUUUAUUCUAUAACACCCGAUAAGAUUCGUAAGCAGGAUGCCACAAGUGUAAUCGUCUAUAUAUCUAAUAAUCCAAUCGGAAGGGCUCUUGCCUGGGAUUUCGUCCGCGGACACUGGGAUUUCCUCAUGAACGAAAAUUCAGGUGGAUUAUCUAAGUUUGGAAAAUUGAUAACUGGUGUAACGGCAAACUUCAACUCAGAGUUAGAAUUACAACAGCUCAAUGACUUCCUGGAGAAGAACCCGGAUAUGGGGUCGGGCACCCGUGCCUUCAAACAAGCCAUCGAGAAGACCAACAGUAACGUCAAAUGGAUGAACGAGAACUACGGCAAGGUCGAAACGUGGCUAAGAGAUCAAGGUUACUGAGCCAAAGUUCAGGGCGAGGAAAGGUCAAUGGAACUACACAUCCGCGAGGAGGAUAAUAAGCCAAGAGACAACAAACUCUUCAUGAUGAAAGAUGUAGGACCUGAAUAAGUCCAGUAAAUCUAUACUUAUCUAUAAUAUAUAUUUUAUAAGAUUUUAAAAUCGAUAGCAACAGUCGUGGAGAAUGAUAUAUUAGAGGACUCGUGCAAGUCUAUGGCGUUUGAUGUCAUAUUGGUCCGGUUCCUUUCUUUAGGAUGAUGCGGCUAAAACGCAUGGAGGGCAAACUUAUGACUGAUUGCCAUCCGUUUGACCAUUGUGAAGUAUAUUUUAUUGGAACUGGACGUAAUGAUGACAGCGAUAAUAAAAACAAGCACAUGAAAUUGUUAUUAGACCGGAAGUGAAAGUUAAAGCUUAAUAAUUUUCACGGAAAGAUAUUUUACGGAAUAAUGUUAUUCACGAUUUACAAUUAAAUUUUGUGGUGAUACAGAUGUGUGAGCUAAGGUACACAACCAAACGUGAUAUUUUGUUUAAAUAUUUCAAGCUGUCAUGAACAUUCUUUAAAUAAACUGACUAAGAAUUAACGUAUUUCACAACGCCAAAAUUACCUAUGAAAUUACACACGUACCGAUGUG